ACCCAAUUGCAGCGGACGGACGGCGCGAGCAUUCGUGCGUGCUGCCCGUGUGGCGCUUGCGUGAAGCCGCCGGCCGUUGGAUGGACGCUGGGCAACUGUAGUUCAACUUCAAGGCGGCGCUACUUCCCUUUGGCGAAGAACUGCAGUGUGUUGAGGUUGAGCUCCUGGUGUUGUUAGGGACGACCUGUUUUACCCGCCACCAUUUUGUGCGGGCUGUUUGGCCGAGGAUUGUGGGAGCGAGAGGACGUUAUUGCUGCGACCGCCGCCCGGUGGCGCUGCGGAUAGAUAUCUGGCGACAGGAACUGGGCAGCGAGUCAAAGGCAGCGACUGCGCCCGGCUAGGGAGGGGGAGGGGGAGGUACAGAGAGAACAUCAACUUACUCUCACCCAGGCUUCAUUCAGCCUCCAGCAUGAACAACGUCAAAUCCAUAGUAUUGCAGAGCGCAGACGGUUCGAGUAAUAGUCAGCGCAUUUCUGGAUUAAUGUACCGGAUUGUGCAGACCACAAGCCUUGAUGGAAAGAACCUCCUGAAACUAAUUCCACUCUCCAACAGCACUGCACAUUACAUCCCGGCUGUUCCUCUUCCAAUUUCCACCAGUAGUUCCUUUACUAAACUAAAUAUGAUCUCUGUUGCAACAACAAAUUGCAGUUCUACAAAAAGAUGUCAUCCACUACUGCAGACCACCAACGCAGGAAGAUUUCUGAUAGCACCUGUAGGUAACAGUAAGGUUGUUGAAGCACCUGUAAGUAACAGUAAGGUGCCUCCAGCCAGCUUGUCACAAGAAAAGGUACUCGCGGCACCAACAGCUGCACCUUUGCAAUGUCCAAGUCUGGCAGCACUUACUUUAUCUGGGCUGCCUAUUCAGAAGGCCAAACCAGUUGCCAUUUCAGCAACAGUCAAAGAGUCCUGUAGUCCAAAAACAACUACUUUGCAUAAUCCAACUAUACAGGAAAUCCAAACAUCUUCUACUUUGCCAGUAGAAAAGUUUAUUAGUAAAGUGAAUUUGCUUCGCCGAGCGAUCCAGAAAACCUAUUCUUCUCCCUCUUUGGCUCCAGAUGAAACGGCUUAUAAAAUAACAACAGUUACUGUGCAUGGUCCAGCCGUACAGAAAACCAAAGCAUCUUCAACUUUACCAGAGGUCAUACUGACUCCUCAGCUAGCAAAAGUUACUUUACCUAACGCAUUAGAGCAGGGCACUCUGCCAUCUCCCACUCCAACUGAGGAUCAGAAGACUUUCAUGGUUUUUAAGAAUCCAAUAUUGCCUUCUGGCCAUCAUCUUCAGAUCCCUGCAAAUGCAGAAGUCAAAUCUGUACCAGCAUCUCUACUGCCUCCUGCCGUCCAGCAGAAGAUUUUGGCUUGCAACCUUGCUAACUGGAGUCAAUCUGCACAGCCAUCUCCAACAGUCAUUUAUGUUUGCCCAGUUAAUACUGUGAAGACAAUUGCAAAGCACCUCCCAAACAUUCAGCCUAAAAACAUGGUUGAGGUCCCCACAAUCCUCAUUGCUAGUGACGACCCUGUGAUUAGCUCACUAUCACCUGCCAGUAGUGCAGCAGUUUCGAACAAUGAGCAGUCCAAGUCCCAGGACCCUCCUUUGAAAUUGGCAGUGAAGAACAUAGAUUAUUCAUCAAACUGCCUCGUUCCAGUUAAAUCUUCCAAUAAUUUGGCCUCAAAGAUCUUAAAGAAUUUGGCCAAUCAGCAGCUUACAAAAGGAGGGAUUCUAAGCCUUUUGCCACCACCUUCACAUACAGAAACUGAAGCAGGCUUGUUUCCCCCAUGGAAGGAUAAUGCCAUGGUGAUUGACAAUGGUAAAAUCUACCUUGUCAUGCAGAAGAACAGUGGAUCAUUCAGCCCAGGUCCCGAGACAGUUUCAACAUCUGGUGAUUGUCCAGAAAGGGAGAACACCUCGCCCAUUGUCUUAUCACAGACCAAUUUACAAAUUAAAAUCAAAGAGGAACCAGAGGACCCUGAUUUUGAACCUAUCGAGCAGAAGGAGAACCAACUUGAACGCUGCCCCACAGAUGGAAGUAAUACCCAAAAGCCCCACCAAGGUAGGGGUAUACCAAGUGAGUGUGAGCAUAUGGAUCCGGUUUGUAGGAUGCUUGGAGAGGAAACUGAUGGACAAUUAUUAAAGAAGGCAGGAAUUCGCACCAAUCUCCAAAUCUGCCUCACCAGAAUUUCCCAAAAGCAGCUAGAGCAAUGGAAGAAGAGCAGCUCCCCUGCAAUCUCUGUGGCACGAAAGUCACCCGAUCAGCAGAUAAAGAAAGUGGAUGAUAUUACGACUGCUAUAACAAAUAAAAAAAUCCAAGAUAUUGCAAAUCUUAUGGUUGUGAAGAAGGAGGAACCUAUAGACCCAGGUUAUUACGCACACCAUACAAAGGAAAUGGAGAUUAAAGUUGAGCCUAAAUCGCCAGUGAAAAGAAAAUCAGAAAGCAUCAAUUGUUCAAUGGCAGUUAAGAAACAACGCCUAAAAAGAUUAUUUUCAAACUGUGAAUCAGAACAUGCCUACAGUUGUCUUCCUGUGUACAGUACGGAAGCAUCUCCCCUCAGUACAGCUGUCACCUCCCACAUUGACUCUCACAGCAAACAAGAGGCACUUGCCAGCACAACGAAGCCCAGCAUGGCACCAGAGAAGUGCUUAAUAAUGGAAUCCUCCACCAUCGCUGGGAUAGACAAUGCCAAGGGGCUUCAAUUGGCUCCUCCUGCAGGUCCUGCACCCAGCAUCUCUUCUUUUUCAAUAGGACACUCCUUUGCCACUGAUAUCAGCACAGCACGCACAAGCACUCUUCCCCUGAGUGUUGAUGAAACUGCACGUGAUGAGAAGAUCAGGCGACUGAAAGAGAUUCUUAAAGAGAAGGAGGCUGCGCUGGAAGCAAUACGGAAAAAAAUGAUCAAGGCUAAAUCGCCCUCGAAGACAAACGUGAAGCUUGCGUUGAACAUGCUGAUAAUAAAGAAGCAACCUGAUAAAAAAAACAUUUUAAACAGAAAGUCGGAGCACGCGUACAGCUGUCUCCGGGAAGAAAAUGUUCAUGUUAGUCCUCGCAGCAGUUCACUGAACAGCAGGUCGGAGCCAAAUGUAACGGAAUCCUGCAACUCGGUGACGCAUUGCGCAGCGGCGAAUAAAGUGCUCGACCUGUCGAGUGUCUCCGGGGUGACCCCUCCUCCUCCAAACGUGGACAGGACCGCUCGCGAAGAGAAAAUAAGACGACUGAAGGCGAUUCUGAAGGCGAAAGAAGCCGCGCUGGAGACGAUAAGGAAGAGUAAAAAGGUUUCGACACAGCUGUAAGAUCCCCCAAUUUUAAAGCUCAUUUCAAAGCUAAAUAACUGGUUGUCCAGUAACCAGUUGGAACUACACGAAAUUUGAAGUUUUUAUUGUUCAGGUGUUAUUUUACUACAUUGUUGAGUAGUUUUGAAUAGAGGGUUUCUCAGAUUGUAAUUAACUUCUAUAAUUCACUAAUUCCAUUAGAGUGUUCUGCGAAGCAAUGUUGUUUUUUUGUCAGCAUGUUGGAAGCGUUUGUAGCGUUUAUAUACAUUGAAUUUGAAGAUGCCGUAUAUUGUUUAUAAUCACUGCAAAGAUCCGAGUUGACGGAUUGGGGUUUGUGUACAUUUAUCCAAGCAAUAAAUUCAAUUACUUCAUUGUCAA